AUGGAUAAAGUGCAUUCACAUGCUCUAUACUCUUAUUCUGAUAUCAGUAAAUCAUCUCCAUUAGAUGUUGAUAUGACUGUCAUAAACAAUUCGGAUUCUGAUAAGAGUGGCGUUUUACUGGACACAUGGUCUGUAAAACACUCCAGUGAUUUAGUUUCAACCCCAAAUGAUUUGGUUUCCUUGGCAUGGCUUCAGAAGAGAGAUAUUCUGCAAAUAGCCCCGUUAGAUGGAGAAGAAGAUGGAAGUGAUUCUGUUAGUUCGGCGAUCGCUGGACAACCGGAGGAUGACGAUAAUUUCGAGACCAAUCCUAUCUUGCACAUGGAUUCGUUGGAGCCUGUUGUCGACCGUUCACCUUCACUAGUGCCUGUAUCACAGUUUUCAAUUCUAGACAGAUGUGUCCAACGUCCUGCUUCUGUUUCUGGAGAUCAGAUCUCUCAUAGUGAACAAUCGCGUUUCUCAACAAACCCUACUGUUGCUCUUGGCACCCAUGGUCUUACAAAACCAAAUUACAGCUAUACGCACCUUAUAUUUAUGGCAAUCGAGUCUACUCCACAAAAGUGUAUGACUGUCAAUCAAAUUUACAACUGGUGUGAAUCGAAUUUCCCAUUCUAUAAACAUGCUGGUGUUGGAUGGAAAAAUUCUCUUAGACAUAAUCUUUCGAUCAAUAAGUCUUUCAAGCGCCUACCUCGUGAUAGUCGUGGCCCCGGUCGAGGUGCUUUCUGGACAGUUGAACCUCGUGAACGCGCAUCCCUGCUAGACGCUAUUAAAAGAAAUCCGUGGAACUUCGCCAGUGUGACUGCGUUGGGAUGUCACUUAUCUGAUGGUUCUAACAACGUUAGUUCUGCAUCUGCAUAUCCAGUUAGACGUUUUGGUCUUGCGCAUAGCGCUCCUGGUCACCUUUUAAGAGCCGAGGGAUUGGGGAAAGAUAAACUUGAGUCAACCCCACACAUCCGUUUACUGUAUACUAGCGAUGGUCAAGUCUUAGCAACUUAUGAUGCUUCAUUUGUUGAUCCCUCAAAAUUUGAGUAUGAUAUGACUGCCAGUAAGGAGAAUGCUGCAACCAUGUCUUCUGAUGUUUCUUUGUCCGAUCACAGAUAUUGGACUUCACCAUCUGGAGACACUGCCAGCACUGAUGGUGCGACGGCUGAAGUUGAAUGGCCAGCCGAAGAAGAGGAGAAGUAUUUGGAUACCUUACGCUUAUUAAACGAAGGAGAGGAAACAGUUACUAAAUCACAGUCAAGUAUAACAGAACCCCCAGAUGAGAGUUCAGUAAGUAAAACGGAGUCCGAAGCUUUGGAAAGCUUUAUUGGUACUCAUAUUUUUGAUGAUGCGAAACUGGUCACUAAACAAAAAAGAAAAUCACGCUUGUUACCAACCCGUAUAAGCAAGUGUAAUGAGUGUAAGGAAAAUACAUCUGGUUGUGAAUCCUGCAUGGCUAAGCGUUAUGAGGUCCUUAAUAACAAUUACGUUCGUUCGGCACUCAAAGAAUAUGAUCUUGAUAUUGGUAACAUGCUGGACUGUGAUCAGGAACCAGGGCCCGCUGGUGGACCACUUGUUAAGACAAUGGCUACUAGGAUUUCUAAGUCAACUUCACCAAUUGCCGAGGAAAAUGAAAGUGAUAUAGAUUCAUGUGACAAAAAACCAGUCAACCCUGAAACAUUAAUUUAUUCGUCGGAUGAAGUUUACGUCACACCACCCCCCUACAUUGACCAUGAAUAUUCUCAUUGCCAAGCCCAACUGCGCCGACCUGAAGAAAAUCAGCUUGUAAAUAAAUUUAACGACAACUACUAUACAGGUAGACUGUCAGAAUUAAUGAACCUCUAUCCGCUUCUCAAAGCUUUUGUGGAUUCCAUAGUUCUAGAAACAGAUGCUAAUUAUGAAACAGAUGAAUUUGAUGACGGCUUCAGUUCAUCAGGAAAUGAUAUAUACAGUGAAGAAGAUUUUGAUGGGGAAAACCAUGAAUUAAAGGACUCGGGUAGUCAGGAUCUUUGUGAUUGCGAAUAUACCUUUUGCAAACGGAGCUCUCGUCGCCAGCAUCUGGUUUCACCGUACUUCGAAGCUCGUAAGACACGUCCAUUUAGAAUUCGAUCUCGUGGUGUUAAGCAGCGUAAGGGAACAAGAUCAAUGAAAUUAUCUUCAUUAAAUAGUUGUCCCACUCGAAGGUCCAAACGAGUUAUAAAGGCUCCUCGCCGUCCAUAUGAUGACUUUGAAAAGUCUCAAUACUAUAAUUAUGAAUUAGAUGAUGAAUCAAAAAUAUUGAUUUUUGAUGAAAGGGAAGGAAAUUUCAGUUCCAGUGCUCGAUCUAAUAUGAUGGAACGUUACAGUCGCCAUUCACCAAAUAGUCAGUCAGAUAUUGAUUCAGAAAGUGCUGAAAAAUCUAUGGAUAUUGAGAAUAGUCGAUAUCGCUAUCAUAAUCAUUACCGAUCAUUAAAACGCGCUCAUCAACCUAUUUCCAGUACACAACCACACUUAGAUAACAUCAUUGAUCGUUCGUCUCCUAAUUUGGAGGACUAUGAUUUUAGUUCUGACCAGGAAGAAAGUUAUUUAUGUGCUGCUUCCACAUUACAAGUAAGCAAAAACAGGAUGACCUUAAGCUCAUCGCAUCAACUUAACAAACGAUCUCAAACAAAAAAGCAGGAGACACAUCUUGAUGUCGUUGGUGGUUGGACUUCUAUGAAGUGGUCAGUUGGGCGGGAAAUAGAUGAGCCCUCAAUUAAUGGCGUAAAGUUAGGGAGAAGUCCUGAUGAUGAACGUGUGAUUCAAAGGGGAUUAAGUAAUAAAAUUCAAACGUAUAAAGAGACAAUAGAGGAGCCUGUUUUAAAACGCAAUAAACAGACGGCUGUUGAUGCAGCACGAUUACUGCUGGGAAUCAGUCAAAUCCAAAAUCUCAGACAGAAAUCGGAGUGUGUGAGUCUGGACACUAGUGUAGCUAGUUCAACACUAGAUUUCAAAAAAACAUCCAUCUCCAAUACAGACAAUGCCACUUCUGAAUCUAUGAUAUUACAAGAAGUGCCGGCCACUAUGUUCUAA